AUGCUACGGACACACGAAAGUGCAUCCCAUACAAUCGCCAAUCAGGAACAGCCAAACUCUGUCACUGAAAAGCGUGUCUCAAUCUUGGCUGCAUGUGGAGAGACUGACAUCACACGAGCAAAACCACCAGCUAUCCUGCAAGGAGGUUACGCCGGAUUGCGAUCGUCUCCUCAAAAUACAGCGUCAAAAAGGUUUAACGAAAACCAUGUGUCCACGCCGUUGAAGAAGGUCAAAGUUGAGCUUGUGACAUUGGAUGACGAUGAAUGCGAUCAUUCCGAAAAGGCAUCCCCUCAAACUAAUACCCCGUCGUUCGCCACUCAGCGUUUUUCUCAAUCAACCCAAUCGCAACAGAUCCAGCAAGUUGAUGAAGCACCCUCGAUCACAAAGUAUCGUGCUUUGAAUAUCACGCGCAUCGCAGAUGCUACAAGAUUGAUGCGCUUCGCAGUUGGUUCAUGUCGCAAAGUUGUGCAG